AUACUUUCGCAAAGGCACUGUAUUUAUAAGUAAUUUUGAAUUUUACAAUGGCAGGGUAUUAUGGAAUAUUAAAUGUAUGGCUGCAUAAUAUUUCAACCUUAUUAAAACUGACUAUCAAGGGCUUAUUUGGUUUUAUACAAUUUUGCCGGGAUACGCGUGGCAUUACAAAGGAGAACAGAUACUUAGUAACCAGAUGGAAAAAAAGAGUUUAAAAACAAAACAUAGGCCAAUACUACAGAUUCUGAAUGGUCCUGGUGUAGUUAGUAUGUCAUCCCUCACUGAUAAAUCAAAGUGCUGACAGUGAUCUAAGGGAUAUUAUAGUACGAUAUUAAAUCUGUCAUGCAAGGCCAUAAAUAUGUUGCCAAUGGACAGGUCCAAUAUGGACAGGAAACGUCAGAAAUGGACAUUUCUUUGAUGCUUUGGUUAAGGUCUCUGGCUAUUUCAAGAGCCACAGUGCCAGUUAAGUAUAUAGGUCUAGACAUUCAUCUGCCAUCACAAAAGGCAUUCAGUGCACUGCUCUCUGCCCAUUUCCACUUCAAAUGGGGUUUAAUACUGGCCUCCACAGUGAGCUGAAGCAGUUUACAGCCAUGUAUUUAUGGGAUUUUGCUAACCAGAUGGAAAUAUCUGAAUAUGUAUUUACAUUACUGGAUAUCAAGUUGGCUGAUGAAACACACUCAAAGAAGCUGACAACAGAUCCCUACACACUGUAGCUGGCAGCCGACCACCAGUUUAUAUGGUCAUUUGGAGGGUACCAUCACAGAACCGUGAUGUGAAGUCCCACCUCAAAUGUUUGGCUGUAUUCGGAUAAAGAUGGCUAUGGAAGUCAUUGAGUGACCUUAAAUGGUCUUUUACACUGUACAGUAGGCCUGAAAUCCCAUCAAUCAAACCAGCUGUAAUCCCAUCAAUCAGCUGAAAUCCCAUCAAUCAAACCAGGUUCACAUCGGUUGGAGAUGCUUGAAUGACAGAUCCAAGAGAGCUCAAGCAUCACAUGACAGAAGUUCAAGGGCUCCAGUGAGGUUGUCAUGGAAACCAUGUUUCUCCUCUUUACACCCCCCCAGUGGUCAAGCAGGAGACUGCUUUUUACCAUCUUGGGUAUUCCAUACAGAAGUUACUAUAAACACAGAGAAUGCAUUGACUAACAGCAUAAGAUCAUAUGGAAUACAACACUAUCACCUCUCUGGCCCAGAGAAUAGUAUGGCAAGGCUGUUUAAUUACAUCCUAACUUUAAAAGGUGUGGGGGAAAAACCUAUGUAAUGAAACGGUUGAGCAAGCAUUCCAAUAAAACAUGCAAUAGCAUGGCUGAGAAAAAACCCAUCUCUUAUGUGGGGUAAUGACAUGCUGUAAGUUUGGCCACCAGACUUGGUCAUCUGAGUGUCUGAGAAGACGCCUCUCCAAGCAGUUAAACAAUAACCAUAUACUUUCGCAAAGGUGGAGCCCUCAAGUCUGUUAUUACUUCAGCUACAAUAUAAAAAUUCCCACACAUUUCAUUAUUCAAGUGCUCCAGAUUAAGUGUCUGUGGUUGAAGCACUACAGAGUUUCAUUCAGUGUAGUUUUUGGGCAUAAAACUAUCUGAUGGUAGAAAGAUUCAUUGCAAGGUUAAAGAGCAACUCUAAAAUGUUAAUUUUGGCCCCCAAUUGGGGUCUGACAUUCCCCAUCAUGCAACAUCAUGCUUAUGAUUAACUGUUUACUUAUCCCGCAUUAGUUCAUUGCACUCUAACCUUAUAUGAGGUGACCAGUGGGAGGAGUUAUAGGAGGAUGGGCUCAUUGUAAUGGCUGGAAUGGAAUGAAUGUAAGGGUAUCAAUCACAUCAAACAUAUGGAAACCACAUGUUUGACUCGAUUCCAUGCCACUACAAUGAGCCUGUUCUCCUAUAGCUCCUAUCACCAGCCUCCUCUGGAGGUGACAGUGCAAGUCAAGGUGCACCCUAUAUGUGUUUGUUUAUUUAUGGGGAGGUUGAUGUUUUUGACAGCCCUUGGUUCACCUGCAGGAGGAGCUGUAGCUCAUCACAUACUCAACAGAUAAAAAGAGAGAAAUCUUUCCUUCUUUAGUGGGGUGAACAAACCCACAGCGCUGGAGAGAGAGCAUAGCGGGAGAGAGAAAGGGGGAGGGACAGAGACAGCAGUCAGUGUGACAGAUAAGAGCGGCGGAUGACUUGUCUCUCUCUGAAUGCACCGUGAGCAAGAGAGCAAUUUCCAGGUGGGUCGUCAGAGGUUUCCCAAGCCGAGUCUACAAACAGUGUAAUGGGUUGCCCAGACCGGAGGCUUUUCCUCUGAUCCUGCAAAGAGGUUGGCGUAUUCCUGCAACGAGAACUAGUCCUCACAUUGAGCGACCCUGGGCAUGGAGAAGCUGACAGAGAAAGAGAAGGAGCUGAUCCGAGUCAGCUGGGAGAGUCUUGGCAAGAACAAAGUUCCACACGGAGUCAUCAUGUUCUCCAGACUGUUUGAACUAGAGCCUGCACUCCUCAACCUCUUUCACUACAACACAAACUGUGGCACCAUACAAGACUGCCUCUCCAGCCCUGAGUUCCUGGACCAUGUCACAAAGGUAAUGUUGGUGAUCGAUGCAGCAGUCAGUCACCUGGACAACCUCCAUACCUUGGAGGAUUUUCUGCUCAACCUGGGGAAGAAGCACCAGGCAGUCGGGGUUAACACCCAGUCCUUCGCUGUGGUGGGGGAGUCCCUUCUCUACAUGUUGCAGUGCAGUCUGGGUCAGGGGUACACAGCCCCGCUGCGUCAGGCCUGGCUCAACAUGUACACCAUUGUAGUGGCGGCCAUGAGCAGAGGAUGGGCCAAGAACGGAGAACACAAGACUGACUGAAACAUACGCUUGGGGUCUGCUACCAGUUGCUGUCUAAUCACCCUCAUGGUUGCUAUGGAGUAAGGUUGUAUAACUCACAGCAUAAAGGUUUGAUUGCUGUAUAUGGUGAACGAAUGGCGUUAUCACACUUGACACAACAAAUAAUGGUCGAAUCACCUGGUGUUCAGAGUUAACUGUUUUUGCUGUGGAUGUUGUAGCUGCCAGAGUGCUGCUAUAACAUUGUGGGGAGGUUAUGGGUCAACCAGACCUUUGGUCUGCAGUUUGAGUUCCUCAUAUUAGAGGAAGCAUAGGGUUAAAUUAAGGUAAUAACUGAAAUUGCUCUGUAAAUAAUGCCUUGAUGUAUCUACUCAAAUAAUUACAUUGAUUGUGGUGGUUUUUGUGAUGUAUCUUAGUCACACAAUUGUCAAACACUGGCUAUAUUGACUAUUACUUGGCUGGAAUGGGCAGCUACAAUAUGGGCCCUCUCCCAAAUCAACCAGUGAUAUAGAAACAUUGAUCACAAAAGUACAGUAUGUCCAAGAUUAUUGUUUAGAGUGAUUGUCAUGAUUCUAUAUUUAUAUCUUUGAGUUAGGCUAGGGACCUGAUAAUGGCACAUACUAAUGCUCUCCUUUCUUUGUGUGUGUCCAUGACCUGGAGUGUAACAAUCCUUAGAGGUGAACUUGAUUCUUAAAGCCAUUGGUAUUAUUAACAAACACAUUACUUUUGAUGAUGCUCAAUAGAAAAUGACAAGAACUGUUCAUGUAUUCUAAAGCUUUUCUAUGUGAUCUCUAUGACUGUUAGGGUGUCCAUGUGCACCUUUGUCUGAAAUGUGUAUGUGGCACUCUCCUCUCCUCUCCUCUCCUCUCCUCUCCUCUCCUCUCCUCUCCUCUCCUCUCCUCUCCUCUCCUCUCCUCUCCUCUCCUCUCCUCUCCUCUCCUCUCCUCUCCUCUCCUCCGACAGUAGAGGUUGUAAAGCUCACGUUGCCAUAUGCGUAUUACCAUAAUAUUUCAAUAGGCUUCAACUGACUGUUACUUAUUCUAAAAUAAAUGGUUCUUCUCCUCUCUUGAGUUCUAGCUAAUUGAUGUAAUGGAACUCAACAGUAGAUUAUUUGCUUGAGGGUCUUUGGGCUUGACUUAGUUUAGGCUCAUUCAGUUUUCACUAAUUGUAAAUGUAAAGUGGUGUUGAACCACAUACUGUAUCUAUAUAUUGUAAAUACUGCUAUCAUAUGUUGUAAACAGGCCAGAAAUAUAGUAGUAAUCUAUUUAGGCUUUUUGGACCCAAUAGGUAAUUGACAAUUGAGGCGGCAGGGUAGCCUAGUGGUUAGAGCGUUGGACUAAUAACCGAAAAGUUGCAAGUUCAAAUCCCGAGCUGACAAGGUACAAAUCUGUCGUUCUGCCACUGAACAGGCAGUUAACCCACUGUUCCUAGGGUGUCAUUGAAAAUAAGAAUUUGUUCUUAACUGACUUGCCUAGUUAAAUAAAGGUAAAAAAACAAAGCCAGGAUUUAUUCAGACAUUUUUUCUUCCCUAUUUAGCUCAUAGUUCAUUAAGAGCUUGGAGUAUCUUUCUGUGGACAACCGUAAAGCAUUUAUUGAUAAACAAAUUUCACUACAUCCAACCUGAAAUAGUAAGCAAUGAUAGUUAGAGAUGACAGUUAGAGAUGACAGAGAUGAUAGUUAGAGAUGAUAGAGAUGAUAGUUAGAGAUGAUAGUUCGAGACGAUAGUUAGAGAUGAUAGAGAUGAUAGUUAGAGAUGAUAGUUAGAGAUGAUAGAGAUGAAGGUUAGAGAUGAUAGAGAUGAAGGUUAGAGAUGACAGAGAUGAUAGUUAGAGAUGAUAGAGAUGAAGGUUAGAGAUGACAGAGAUGAAGGUUAGAGAUGACAGAGAUGAUAGUUAGAGAUGAUAGAGAUGAAGGUUAGAGAUGACAGAGAUGAUAGAGAUGAUAGUUAGAGAUGAUAGAGAUGAAGGUUAGAGAUGACAGAGAUGAUAGUUAGAGAUGAUAGAGAUGAAGGUUAGAGAUGAUAGAGAUGAUAGUUAGAGAUGAUAGAGAUGAUAGUUAGAGAUGAUAGAGAUGAAGGUUAGAGAUGACAGAGAUGAUAGUUAGAGAUGUGUAUGUCCAUUUUACUGCUAUGAACACAUUUACCUAUAUGCUUCUAUACAGUGUGUAUCAUUCGUUAUCUUCCUGUACAUUGAAAGUCACAAUGCCAAGUUAGCUAUAAUACACCAAGUAUUUGAUAAUAACACUACACUACUAUAUCUCCAAUCUGCUGAUAUGUGGUGAAUAUUGCUUCAGUCUGAGAUUACUUUUAUACAAUGUAUUUUUGUAUUUUCAAGUGUUUUACGUAUGUGAAUGACUAUAUGCCAUUGCAAACACAGUUUUUCCAAACUGUUACGUUAACCACAACAUUUAUGUCAAAUCCAUGUAUUUUUCUUUUAAUUUGCAGCACAAGGCUGUUAAGCAUUUUAAAUAUUGAUGAGUGAGCUUUUAUCCUUAAGUCAUUAUAAAUGUAAGAGAGACAUUUCUCCUCAAUCAGUAUAAUUGCCAUAUUAUCAAUGUGUGAUCCCUACAAGGAUGUCUGUUGGCAUUGAAUACACAACCAUUUCAUUACCAUGUCUAAAGGAGAUCUCACUUUAUCUUUACUUUCAAUCACCUGUGAGCUUUAUUUUCAGGCCAUGGCAGCACUACUAAUUCAGAUUUGUUCCCCUCUCCCACUUUCCAACUAGCAUAAUGAGUUUCCCUUACCAGAUUAACCAUUCUCCUGAAUCAAAAAGCAUUAUCAAUAGAGAAUCUACAUUGAACGUGCUUUUUAGUUCAAGAAGAAGCUUCAUCUGAGUCUAGGAAACCAGACCUAUGAGUUGAACACAUUUUCUAAUAUGUCUAUACAUGGCACUAGGCAGAUUGCUGUGUGUAUUGUCUCGAUUUCAAAGAUCUGAGAGUAGGCCUGUUUUGUGUGUGUGUGUGUGAAUUGCAUUGGUACAUUUAAAUAACAUGAUAUUCUGUUUAUGAGUUUCUCAAUGUCUACCUCGUCAACUCAGCUGCGAACAGCAAUGAUUUCAACUAUCCUUUAACCAAAAACACGUGACACUUAAUGCAAAUACAUACUCCCUCAACCAAACAGCUCGUAAAAUGGACCCCAUCCAAUACUUAUGUAAUGUGUUGUGUGCUUACUCAAUUAAUAGUAAAUAAAGGUGAUCUUUUGUGGACAUACUACUGAAAAAAAA